GUAAAUGUUCCUGAUAAUACACCAUGUGGAAUGUAAAAAUAAAUACGUCGUUGAGUGACGCCCAGGACAGAUGUAUACUUGGACGGAACAUAGUUAAUUAAUUCGUUAGUGAGAAUACAACAGUAGAUGAGAAUUUUAGUGCUGCGAUCCACCAAGUCAAGAUCCAUCUCUUCUUGAUGGUCAGGAUGGUAUCACAUACACCAGUCAUGCUAAGGUCCAUCCUCCAACAUCUUAUUCUGUCGUCAAUGUGGAUCAUCGCAGUUACAUCCAAUGGAGAAUCAAAAAACCACGUGAAAAUCUACUUGUCCCCAUCGGAAUAUGAAAAAUUCAGUCUGCACGAUUCAGAGCCAGAUUUGCCAUCAAAAACAGCCUCAUAUUAUCAACACUGCACCCAGAACCCUAGCCGCUUUACUGGAGACAAUCAGAUUACCACUCCUCCCAAUUCCACCUGCAAAGUGACAGAAAUAUUCCUGAACAAUCAUGAAAUCGAAAUAUUGAGAAAGGACAAUUUGACUGAGUAUAUCAGCUCUCUGGAAGUAAUACACUUAGACAACGUAAAUCGUUUCCAUGGAUUUGAGCCAGGAGUUUUCCGGAACGGCGUUAAGUUACACACGAUACAUGUCUCAGGUGCCCCAAAGCUUAGGAAGAUUGACGACAAGGUAUUCGAGGAAACACUUGAUAAGUUGCAGUUCAUAACAAUUAUGCGAAGUGGCCUGUUCACUCUGCCGUAUCUUGGGGACUUAAGAAGUACAUUAUCAAGUGUGAACUUUGAGCACAACGCUAUACAAGGCAUUGAGGCGAACCGCCUUACCAAUGUAGGAAUUGAUCUAUUGGAUCUCUCGUACAACCAAAUCUCUUUUGUGCAUAGUGAAGCUUUCCAAGGAUCUCGAAUCGAAACUUUGACGCUCAAGGGAAAUAGAGCGUUGAUAAAUAUUUCCGAGGAUGCGUUCGUCGGACUCAAUAAUUUAAAACAUUUGGAUUUGUCGGAGACAUCAAUAACAUCGCUGCCGACCAACGGCCUGGAAAAUAUCGAAUCCCUAACGAUCGCGGAUACGGAAACCCUCAAGAUCUUCCCCUCGGUUACCAUCUUUAAAAGCCUUGUUAAGACGAAACUGACCUAUCGUUAUCACUGCUGCGCAUUUUUGUACCCCGAACUGCAUAACCAGGAUGCGUAUGAAAAAUACGCGAGGAAAACGAACGAAAGCAGGAAAAAUUGCACGCAGGUAUCGUCGAGCCAUGAAAAGCCCGACAGUAGUUCUCAUCGAUCUAGAAGAUUCGAUCCGUACAAUAUUGACGAAUCCAAACCACCUUACCCAACACCCACGUCUAUUUCAUUCAUCAGUAAUUGUUUGGAGUACGGCAAGUCUUUCAGAAACGUUACAUGCGAACCGGUGCCCGAUGCAUUUAACCCGUGUGAAGACAUUAUGGGCAACUGGGUACUUAGAGUAUCGGUAUGGCUUGUGGCGAUCCUGGCUAUAGUUGGAAACUUUGCCGUCCUGAUCGUCUUGAUAGCGAGAAUUCGGAUGUCCGUGCCAAAGUUCCUCAUGUGCAAUCUCUCUUUCGCCGAUUUUUGUAUGGGGAUAUAUUUAAUCCUUAUCGCCGACAGAGAUGCGCGCAGCAUUGGUGCGUAUUUCAAUUACGCCAUCGACUGGCAAAACGGGUUGGGCUGUCAAAUCGCUGGGUUCCUGAACGUAUUUUCUACGGAAUUGAGUAUAUUCACAUUGGUGGUAAUAACAAUAGAGAGGUGGUACACAAUAAACUACGCGAUACUGAACCGGCGACUCAGAUCGAAGACGUGCAUGAAAAUCAUGGCCGCCGGGUGGGCUUACGCUUUUAUUAUGGCACUCCUUCCUCUCUUUGGAGUUUCCGGGUACUCAACAACAAGCAUAUGCCUGCCGCUCCAGAACAAGGACGCGAUCGAUCUCUCGUAUCUUAUAAUACUGUUAGCCUUCAGUGUUAUUGCCUUCAUAGUGAUCGUAGCUUGUUACAGUUUGAUGUACUCGUCAAUAAGGUUUGGCGGACGUAUCACAAUGACGUCGAAAGACCAUUCCGAUAAGAUCAUUGCCAGAAGGAUGGCGCUUUUAGUAUUCGCGGACUUUGCUUGCUGGGCCCCGGUAGCUUUCUUUAGUCUUGCCACACUUGUCUCCAGUGAGCCAUUAAUAUCGGUGACUGCUUUAAAGAUCCUCGUUGUAUUCUUUUAUCCGUUCAACAGCUGCGUAAAUCCUUAUCUUUACGCCUUGCUGACGCAUCAGUAUCGUCGGGACUUUUUCGCUCUUCUUACAAAGUGCGGCAUGUGCGAAAGCAGGGCGGCACAGUACAACUGUGCACCGUGCGGAUUGCCGUUGGCGCAUCGUCGAGAUGAUCCCAAUACAAGGGAAAAUAGUGCAACGUACAGAACGCAAAAAAGUUUUAGCGAUUACUUGACGAUGCAAAAUGGUAAUCAUAUUAUACCUAGAAAAGGUGAAAAGUGAAAAACCAUUGAUAAUUGUCGGCAUACGGUGUGUACGAAAAUUUCAAGUUUCACGGUCAUUUGUCUUAGCUUAUCUGUAAGAUCUUAAAAUUAUUUUAUCGUCAGUAUUAAUUAUCGAAUACCGAGUUAAUCAGGUAUAACGCAAAUGUAUGUCUGAGCUUUAUUUAUUAUUCCUGAUCUCACCUUUUUCGAUUCCCGUCUGUUUUCGUUCACAUAUCAAUAUUUAACGAUAAUGCUUUACUAUAGCUAUGUAUAUUGUAGGUAAAUUAAAA